AUGACUGAGAAUGGAGAUGAUGAAACUGUUAGAUAUGUCACCCUUGUUUGUGCCCACGGUGGGAAGGCCCGAAAUAAGACUUUGAAUGUCGACAAUCCACAUCCAACAGGAAAGAUGGAAUACAAGGCAAGACAUCUAAGACUUGGCGCAGGUGGUGCUGGAGCGCUUCAAGAGUAUUUUUCACAAAUGCAAUACAAAAAUCCUGAACUUUUUCCAUCGAUGGAUUUGGAUGAUGACGGGAGGUUAAACAAUGUCUUCUGGGCAAACCUCCGUAGUAGAGCGGCCUACCAAUAUCUCGGAGAUGUGAUCACAUUCGACACCACAUACCUGACGAAUAGAUAUGAGAUGCCCUUUGCACCAUUUGUUGGUUGCAUAGAUGGUAUAGCUCCAAAAACUAUUAUUACUGAUCAGGAUAGAGCCAUGAAAAAUGUAAUCGCUAUUGUUUUUCCCAGAAGCCGACAUAGAUUUUGUCUGUGGCAUAUAUUGAAGAAAGUUCCUGAAAAACUUGGCUCCUAUACAUCAUACAAAAGUGGAAUGAAAAAUGACCUGAUAAAAUGUGUGUAUGACACACAAAGCGUUGAAGAGUUUGAAAAAUGUUGGGAUUAUUUAAUUACCACUUACAACUUGCAUGAGAAGGUGUGGUUGCAAAAUUUAUACGCUGAGCGUGAACUUUGGGUUUCGACAUUUUUGAAAGAGAAUUUUUGGGCUGGAAUGAGUACCACACAUCGGAGUGAGAGCAUGAAUGCCUUCUUUGACUGUUAUGUUCAUGCUAAGACAAACUUGAAAAAAUUUCUGAUUGAGAAAAGGUUUCAAGAUUUGUAUACGAAUGCUAAAUUCAAGGAAGUUCAGCAGCAAGUUACUAGCAUUAUCGAUAUGGAUCCAAAGUUACUUAAGAGGGAUGGUGCAGUACAGACCUAUUUGCUAGAGGAUGAAGUUCAUUUGGAAGAGUUCACUAAGCUGGUGACGCAUUAUGUGGACUUUACUAAGAAAGAUGUGUCUGCAAAGUGUUCUUGUGGUUUAUUUGAGAUGAUGAGCAUAUUGUGUUGGCACAUUUUGGCCUUAUUCAAAUGUAACGGGAUUAAAUCUUUGCCAGAUAGAUACAUUUUGGAUCGCUGGAGAAGGGACAUAGAAAAGGAGAUACAUCUUGAUGCACAGUAG